GCUUUUUUUGUUCCAAAGUUGUACCGUUUUAAUGUAGGUUAGGUCGCCGAUCGUCCUCACAAACUACAGACACAUUGAUUUCGGUUCGGCAAAUAAUAUUUUUUACCGAAUUCUUUUAGUUAUUUCUUCUCGCUUUUGUCUCUCUCUCACGGAUCGGCCGCUGGAGAUCUAACUCUACCGGCUCUAUUUUCAAGUUUAUCCUCUCGCCUCUCGGUUCUGUUUGACCAUUUUGUUGCUCUGUACCCGUCUCUACCCUCCAUCUCUCUUAGAGGCUUCUCUCAAUCGACGGCAAUUGAUGCCGACGACUAUAGCUCUUCCAGUGAUUUCAUUUAUUAUGCAUGGUUUGGAGACAAUUUGAGUCAGGUUAUGAAUUUGAAUCAUUGUCUUUUGAGGUUUUCGUUGUUGACAAUUUGAUGGCACUGAAGAUGGGGAGCUGUGGAGCUGUGGAGAGUUUUGCUGCUGGAGUUUUUGAAUUUUCUGGAAUUUAGUAUUGCUUUGGAUUGUGUUGAGGUUGCAUAUUGUGGUUUUGCGCAUGAUGUGAGAUUGUGUCUUUCUCUUUUCUGGGAUCUUUAGAUUAAGGGAUAUUCAUGUUGGGAGGCAUACAAUUGGGAGUAUUGGCUGCCUGUGUGGUGCUUUUUGUGCCUAUGGUGAUGGCUGGCUGGCAUUUGAGCCGCAACAAGAUGCUCUUCUUUAGCGGUGCCCUUUUCAUCACUCUCGCAGUAUGUGUCCAUCUGACCCCAUAUUUUCCUUCUGUUUCUGAUUUUGUCACCUCUGUUCAAUCUGUUGUUGUAUUUGAUAAUCGUGAGGAUUCUUGUAUUAAUUUGGUUAAUGAAGUUGUUUGGGAUGUCAAGCCUCACCAUAUCCAACCCAAUACUAGUAGUAAUAGUAAUAGUAAUAGUGAGAACGGUUCUAUGAGUUAUGAUAAGAUGUGGCAUUGGUCGAGAACUGGGAAAGUGAAGGCUUGUGAGUUUCAAAGGCUGGAUAGGUCUGAUGCCUCAGAUUUGCUUAAUGGGUCCUGGGUGGUUGUUGCAGGGGAUUCACAAGCAAGGUUAAUAGUUCAGUCUUUGCUAAAUUUGAUUUUAGAUUCGAAACAUAUGGAAUCCGUUAAAGGUGAUUUGUUUAAAAGGCACAGUGAUUAUGAGAUUGUUAUCGAAGAUAUUGGUAUGAAAUUGGAUUUUAUUUGGGCUCCAUAUGUGGUAAAUUUAACAGAUUUGAUGAUGGGGUUUAAGCAAAAUAGAAGUUACCCUGAUGUAUUGGUAAUGGGAGCAGGCCUAUGGCAUAUGCUUCACAUCACAAAUGCAUCAGAUUAUGGUGUUGCUUUGCAAUCUUUAAGGAGUUCUGUGGUAUCUUUGUUACCAUUUUCACCGGAGUUGGGUGUGGAUGGGCCUGUUACAGGUGCUGUUUCUGUGAGAUCCCUGCAUUUGUUUUGGCUUGGCAUGCCAAUGUUGAUUAAUGGGAUGUUGAACACAGAGGAAAAGAGAGAGAAGAUGAGUGAUGAAAUGUGGCAUUCUUAUGAUAGAGCAUUGCGUAAUAGUAGGCUCUUGCGUAGAUAUGGUGGUCCUCUUCUAUUGCUGGAUAUUCAAUCGAUGAGUUGGAAUUGUGGGCCUCGGUGUACUGUUGAUGGGAUGCAUUAUGAUGGAGCUGUUUAUGAAGCUGCUCUUCAUAUUUUGCUAAAUUCAUUGCUUAUUGAAUCUCAUCAGAAGCUUGGAGCUACAUAGUUUCAGUAUUUUUAUUAGUUUGCACAACUCGCUUUUGGAGUCACGAAAGGCUUAUCCAACUAUUUUCGAGCCUUUGAUUCACAAGAGGCUGAAUUCUCUUCUGAUAUUGCAACAUUGAUUUUUCUUUCAGGUUUUCCCCAUUGCCUUUAGAUUAAAUUAGGAGUAAAUUUUUAUACUGGUAUAUACAUAUUGUAUUCAUUGUUUUAAUUUUGCUUUCAUUUGAAUGAUAGUGGAUACUCACGACACUUGUUUUAUACGGUGAAAACCAAUAAGAAAGAUUUGUAUCAAUAGAAUAUAUGCUUGUUGGCAAUC